AUGUCUAACUUAGUUUUGGACGAUUUAUCAGUCGAAUUAUUUUAUGAAAUUCUAUCUUAUCUUUCAUGUUAUCAUAUAUUACGAGCAUUUCAUUCGAUAAAUAAUUAUUUGAAUGAUAUUCUCAUUAAUUAUGAUCAAUAUAUUUUGGAUUUAUCUUCAUCAGAUAUAUCGAAAAAUGAAAUGGAUCUUAUUUGUUCAUUUCUACGACCAGAACAAAUUAUUGGAUUAAAAUUUGGUAAAACAAAUUUUGAUUUGGUCGAUCGAUUUCUAUCGAGUUUUUCAAAUCAACAAUCAUUUACUCGUCUUCGUUCACUUUGGAUUGAUCAUACAAUCAUAGUGGAUGAAUUAUUUAUGUCAAGAUUGUCAUCAAUGAUAAACUAUAAUAAUCUCAUUUCAAUUCGUUUUGAUCGUAUUCAUAUUAGUAAACAUGAUACAUUAUCAAAGUACUCAUUUGAUUCUCUUUCACAUCUUGUUACAUCCUCGAGCAAUGACUUUCAACAAUUAUCUAAAGAAAUACCAAGUCAUUUGACAUGUUUACAUAUGUAUUUUAAUUCUCCUAAUGAUAUGGAUCAAUUUAUUCGUCCGAAUAUGUAUCAACUAAAAUCACUUGGUGUUGGUAUUCAGGUCAAUUUAAAUGAUAUUAAUCAAUUUAUGUUGUUCUGUAAUGAUUAUCAAUGGAGUCAACUAAUUCAAUUUAAUCUAAAUUUCAAUGUUGAAAUUAAUAUGGAAUUUGAUAUGUUAAAAGAAAUUUUAUCAACAAUGUAUCGAUUAAAAUAUUUAACAUUAAUACUAAAUCAACCAUUAACAGUAGAUAAUAAUAUAUUGAAUGGAAUGCAAUGGAAAUCAUUUCUUUCAACAUCAUUCAUUUUUUUGAAAAUAUUUAAUUUUAAAUUUUCUAUUCAACAAGCAUCCGAACAAAAUAUUCGUUCUCUUUUGAAUACAUUUAAAUCUCAAUGGUGGUUAGAAGAAAAACGAUGGUUUGUCGAAUAUGAUACUUAUCAAAAUGUUCUUAUUACUGUACCUUAUUUUGCAUCAAAAAUUUUUAAUAAUUAUCAUUCAUAUUCACUUCAUUUAAUACAAAAUCCUAAAAUAUUUUAUUCAAAUAUCAAUGAAUUAAAUAUUGAUUUGAUUAAAUAUAAUGAUUUUGAACAAAUGUUAAUGUUUCAUUCUGUAUUUCAACUAAAUUUUAAUCAUGUAACACGAUUAUCAUUGAAUGGAUACUUAACAACACAUGUUUAUAAAAUAAUUCAAAAUAAUAUUGAUCUUAGUAUGAUUAAACAUUUUAAAUUUUCAUCAACUAUUAAUACUACCGAAACUUUGAUUGAAUUGAUUAAUAAUAUGAUUAAUCUUUCAUCGAUUCAUAUUCAAUACUUACAUAGUCUUAAUCUAUUUAGUCAACUUUCAUCACCAAAUCUUUCUAUUCGACAUCUUGUUCUAUUCGAUUAUGAACCAACAACAAGAAAACAACUUUUCUAUCAUAUAUGUCGAAUUUUUCCACGAUUAACUCAUUUAACAACAGAUUAUCAUUCACGACGAAAACUUUGCUAUUUAUUAAAUGAACUUAUUCAUCUUGAACAACUUACAUUACGUUUAAGUAAAGAUCAAUAUGCACCAAAUUAUGGUUGGAUCAAACAACAUAGUAGAUUGCAAAUGAAUACAUUUGAAAUGAAAGUAUUUAACAUUGCUUAUAGAGAAAAAAAAUUCAUUUUGUGGAUCAAUACUAAUAAUAAUAUUGACCUUUCACAUCAUGAUCAAUAUCAUACAUUAAAAAAAUGUUCUAUUCAAUAA